AUGUUGAAGACUUCCGCGGUUUUGUUGAUCUUCCUUUUCACGUCGAAGGCGGUGUGUUCUCCAGAGCUGGCCGGAGACUGUCGGGCGUCUUUUGUGGAUGCUUCAUUACUGAAUACACAGGUGAUAGCGGUCAGAAACGAACGAUAUCUACUCGGAAUUUCCCUUGGCGCAAGAUCCUGGCGGUGGGGUCGGUGGGACGAUGAUACUGCAAGUCAUCUUGAGCCAUCCAACAGAGGGAUCGACUGUCGGUAUGUGAAUCCCGCACAUUCCGUCCGGUUGGCUCGGAGUCGCCAAUACUCCAAGACAUACAAGGAUUCCAAGCGGGCCUAUUGCGACAUUGGAUAUCUCAACGAGCUUGAGUCUGCUAAAGAGGAGGUACAAGUCUCUGCGUGGGGAGCGAACUUAAAUAGGCAACGCUCAGUUAUCUAA